AUGAUCCUUACUUGGCUCCGGAACACUUCCAUUCCUUCCAUCUCCAAUCUGUUGGGCAGCUUUGAUGAUGUAAAAUCUGCAUGGGAUAUGUUGGCCAAACGAUAUUCCACUUCUCACGGAUCCAUGAAAUAUCGGUUAGUGGUUAAGUUGCAUAAGCUCCGACAAGAACCAGGGCAAUCUAUCAAUGACUACUACGAUAAGCUUUGCUUCCUUUGGGACCAAAUUGACCUUUUUGAUCCAACUUGGGAAUGCUCAAAAGAUGCUCAACAAUGUGCUGUUGUUCGAGAUGAAUUCUAUCUUUGUGAGUUCUUGAUGUCACUUGAUAAAGCCUAUGAGCCCAUUCGAGGUCAGCUUCUUAAUUGCAGUCUUCCUCCUUCUCUUGAUAUUGCUGUAAAUGAGUUGGCUAGAGAAGAAACUUGUCUUGCAACCCUUCAAGCCCAGAAUAAGCUGAAUGUUCUGUCUAUUGCUCCCUCUGCUCCCAUAGAACAACCUUCCCAAUCAAAGUUUGAUGCCUUUUUCUCUAGGCAGUCCAACAAAAGGUUCUACAAUUAUUGCAAGCGUCUUGGCCACACUAUUGAGACUUGCUACCAUCGCAACAAAUCUACUGCAGUUGUUGCCAAUCCUGAGUAUACUCCACCAAUGCAUUCUGUCUCAGCAGAGUCUCAGUCUUCUGGAACCACUAUCCACCUUUUCUCCAUUGAACUACAGGACAAAAUAGCUUAG